UCUAUCCAAACCAAACAUUACAUGUCAAAUACAAAUACCCCACGAUCCUCCCGCACAAUCCAUACAUACAAGGACCAUUCCACCUUUCCUUACCCACCUAUACCAUACAUUGAUAAACAUCACACUGGACUCGAUCUAGGCAAGCUUCCAUCAAGCAUCGUCAUAAACAAUAAACACCCUAACACCACGCCAAACACAGCGUGUCAAGGAACGAAACCUCAGAAAGAAAAGUAAUCCAAAAACUAAUUAACCCUGGAGUCAUCACCAUCAUCAUCAUCACACGAAUCAGAGCUUUCUAGCGUAGAGCUUACUCUUACUUGCCAUAUACAUUUGGGACCCCCUCUUGAGAAAUCGGUUAUUUUUUCUUUAUGCUACUGCUUUCCAUACAACUUUCCAUAUCAGCAACCAGAAGCAGCCAGUUUUCGUAUCAUACGCUCAUAUUUCUCAAACAUAUACCUACAUACAUACAAACAUACAUAAUUCCUCCUCGAAUAGAACCCACAACAUCAAUAUCAAAAUGCCUUCAAUAGCACAAAUCGGUUUGAGAAGUGCUCAAUUUAUCACGGUACUUAUUUCACUCGCCCUCAUCGCCGCGGCAAUAGAUAUCCAGCGUUUCGGCAACAAUAGCGUCAACUAUGCCAUGUUCACAGCUGUCAUCUCCAUGAUCGUCGUCCUAUAUGGUCUAGCAGCUGCAUUCGUCGAGUCUCUUGCACACCCAUUUAUUCUUAUGAUUAUGGAUAGCGCUGCCUUGGUUUUCAAUCUCCUGGCUGGUAUUAUUCUAGCUGGCUAUCUGCAUGUCCACAGCUGUAGUAACAGAGUAAGUUUGUUCUUCCGACGUGUAUUGCUGGAUACUUUUACUGAUAAUCAUAUAGGGUUAUGUCAAUAGCAAUCAAUUAACGCAGGGCUCAACGAGUCGAUGCCGUGAGCUUCAAGCUGCUACGGCGUUUUUCUGGUUCUCGUUUGCUUUGUUCACUGCGUCGAUUGCUGCGGAUUUCAUGAAUAAGGGCUCUAGUACAAGCAUGCGUCGUCGUAGUGCCGCUCGUACCGGACCAACUAUGACCCAAGUCUAAGGAGGAACUGGCGAUCGAUAGGUUAGUAGUUUCCCUUCAUCCUUUAUCCCCCAUCCUCCGCUGCUCCGAGAACUUCAUCUAACAAACCUUCAAUACAGGACAUAUGAGUCUGUAUCAAUAUCUCAAACCAAGCUCAGGCGAAAGUCCGCUAUUCGCGGUUAGUACAGAUAGAGGGUUGGGUAUAAGGGAUUGCUCUUUGAUGUCGUGUUCAGGAGUAAAGCUUGUAAAUGAUGUUUAUGUCUUUAUGUUUAUGACGUAAGGAGGGGCAAGUGGGUACUUCGGAAGGAUUUUUAACGUGUACAGUAUAAACGGGAAUAUGGACU